AUGCACUAAUGACGUGUUUAUUUGUUUUUCUGGCACGAACUCCAAUACUCAGGAAUCCAAGCGGGCGGUGUCGUCAUAUUUGCGCGACCGGGUCAACGUAAACAUCUCUCUGACGUCUAUGCUGCAAAGACGCAGUGAAAAGAUUAAUAUUUUGGGGCGGGGGAUGGGGGUUACAGUUCAGCUGGGGUAUCCAAAAACCAAAUGUCAAAACGACUAUGAAAUGCUCUAGCACUACUCACAUGUGCGAGGUGUUUUUCCUCUUUCCAAGCGGGCAAUGUCGUCAUAUUUACGCGACCGCAUCAGCGUAAAUAAGCCGCACAGCAGGCUGUAUACUUUCUUAAAACUUUUCUAGUUAAAACAAAUGCGUUAUGUCUUCUUGUCCUAGGAGUCGACUCUAAAUUGAUUAUAUUUAUAAUCUUUAUACGUGUAUUAGUCUUGUGUGUGGCUGUUUUGUUAUGAGUCUGAUAGGAAGAUGUUUAUGCCUCGAUCGUUAAAGGUUAAGAGAGCGCCCGACAGUCAGAAAACUACCGAGGCGAAAAAAAGCAAAGGUAACUUAGAUGACACUGUGACUAUUUCAGAUGCUACCGAGGUGCACAGUGUGGAUAAAUGUUUGCCAGUGAAAACAGAAGAUAAACCUGACGAAUCGCACGAAGACGCCACGAUAUUACAAAGCGAGUUGCUCAGAAAUGAAACAGAGGUGUCUGAAGAGGCGCAGGAGGACGAGGAACCUGUAAAAGCGUUCAAGAAAAGCCAGAGAUGGCCAGACCCAGGGGAGCCUGUUUGUGUCAUGUGCGGCCGUUAUGGCGAGUACAUUUGCGACAAUACUGACAAUGAUGUGUGCAGUCUGGAGUGCAAGGCGAGCCACUUGGCCAGCAUGUGCAUGGGACUUCGAGAAAGGGUCUUCUCCAAAAUGAAGCAAGAGGGUACAGGUAUCUCUCCAUCGGCCACACAUACUGACCACUCUUCUGAUAGUGCUGAACUUGGCUACUCCUACAAAGAGGAUGCCUUCAUAACAGAUCUGACUGAAGACCAGGUUGAAAGGGUGAAGAAAGAACUGGCAAUUGUUACAGAAGGUCGGGAUGUCCGUAGGCCCAUUAUUGAGUUUGAGCACUGCCGCUUUCCUGAAGUGCUCAGGAUGAACCUGAAGAAGGCUGGCUAUGAGGCGCCGACUCCUAUCCAAAUGCAGAUGGUUCCUAUAGGUUUGGUUGGGAGAGAUGUAAUUGCCACAGCUGACACAGGAUCUGGAAAGACCAUUGCCUUCCUGCUUCCAGUGGUGGUUCAUUGCUUGGAGAAGGAAGCAGGUACUUCACCCGGACCUGUGAAUGUGAUUCUGACUCCAACCCGAGAGCUGGCUAUCCAAAUCGAGAGACAGGUAAAGGAGCUGAUUAUGGGCUUGCCCAACAUGAGGACUGCGCUGCUGGUCGGAGGGAUGCCUCUACCGCCUCAGCUACAUCGGCUCAAACAGAAAAUCAAGAUUGUGAUUGCCACUCCAGGCCGUCUCAUAGAGAUUCUGAAGCAGAAGGCUGUCCAGCUUGACGGCGUAAAAGUCGUAGUGGUUGAUGAGGCUGAUACCAUGCUGAAGAUGGGAUUCCAGCAACAAGUGUUUGAGAUUUUGGAGCACAUUCCUAAUGACCACCAGACUUUGCUGACCUCUGCCACGAUACCUGCAGGAACGGAGCUGCUAAUCUCUCGUCUGACCAGCGAUCCCGUACGCAUUACAGUCGGCCAGAAGAAUCAACCAUGUGCUAACGUUCGCCAGAUCGUUCUCUGGGUGGAGGAGCCGUCGAAGAAAAAGAAGCUCUUCGAGAUUCUAAACGACAGAAAGCUCUACCAGCCACCUGUGGUGGUGUUUGUGGACUGUAAACUCGGAGCUGACCUUUUAUGUGAGGCUGUACACAAAGUUAUGGGUUUAAAUACAGUAGCUAUUCACUCUGACAAGACACAGUGGGAGCGCAACCGGAUCCUCAAGGGUCUGCUUGACGGUCAGUUUGAAGUGGUGGUUAGUACAGGCGUACUGGGUAGAGGACUGGACCUGGUCAAUGUCAAGCUGGUGGUGAAUUUUGACAUGCCAACUAACAUGGAUGAGUAUGUUCAUCAGAUUGGUAGAGCAGGAAGACUCGGGCACAGAGGGACAGCAAUCACCUUCAUGAAUAACAACAAUAAGCGCUUAUUUCUGGGCAUCGUGGAGAGAGUAAAGCCGACUGGCUCCCAGCUUCCACCGCAACUCCUCAACUCCCCACAUCUAAUCGAACAGCAAAGGAGAGCCAGAAAAAGUAAUAAACAAGGAAGGGAUGAUGUCGUGACCAAGAGCAAUAUUAUUGACAUUAUUAAAAAGCAUGACAGGAGCCAUUUUAAGAAGUGAUGUUGAUUUUUGAUACAAGUAUACAUUCAUUUAAUUAUAUUACUUUAAUUUUUAAUAAAUACCAUGUUGCAUUAA